AAAUUCUGGGCCUCAGGUUGUCUCUGUCUGAAGAACAAUUCUGCAAGUUCCAACACUUUUCAAUUCGUCAGAGGUACGGCCCGCAAUCGAGCAGCGACAUACUGCUCGUGUCGAAACGCUGGGACUCCGCCGUUGCUUUACGACUCUGCGCAUGUCUGGAGCACAGAAUGCACCAAGAAGGUUGCUGGCCUCGUACUAUCGAAUCCGGUCGUCGGCGAGGCCAUUCGUCGGCUACGGAUGGAGGGCGGUUGCGGGAACGAUUUAUACACGAUUGUGGAGCAUGCGCCGAACAUACACACACUGCACCUUAUCUCAUACUUCAAGACGGCAGAAUGGAUUGCAGGCUUGCGGAACGCACUUCCGGUCACGCGUUCGGAAAAGCCGCACCAUCAUCCCGCAGGAAACCACCCCAACAAGGCGGUCACCGAGGCGAAGGCUCUUCUCAACUCCUGCAUAGCAGAUUCCCGGACGUCAUUGAAAUUUGUGGCACUUAACGAGUACUACGACGCGAAGCCGGAGAUAGUCACGGCUUUGUCAAAAGCACCUGCGCUGGAAGAACUGAUCAUUGACACUAAAUGGGAGCCUCGCCGGUGGCAGGGGCGCCCUGACAAGGAGAAGUCAAGCAGACGCUGCGGAACACAGGGCUCCCGGAGCGCAUUAUAGCGACUGUCAACAUUGCGUAGACCAAGGUGGACAGAAAGCGGUGAGUUACCACCUGAUAGGGCUGUGCGAAGUAAAGCUUGUUAGCGGCAAGCGCUAGUCGUAGCCAACAUGAGCGUGUAUGGUUCGGGAUGAUAUAACCAAAGGUUGAUAUCUUCAGAUCUCAUGUGCGCUGCACGAUACAAAG